GUGUGUGGCCCCAGAGUCCCCCAGAGCUGCGGGGAGAACGUUCACCUGAGGGGUUUCUGCGCCGUGCUGGGCCCCGACCUGCGGCAGCUCCGGCGCCUCCCCGACGCCCUCCCAGGGUGCUCCAAGCGCUCCCACGACAUCGUGUUCCUGGUGGACGGCUCGGGCAGCAUCGCCCCCGGCGACUUCGGCACCAUGAAGGGCUUCGUGGCCGAGGUCAUGCGGCGCUUCCGCGGCACCGACACCCUGGUGAGGCCCCCCCCCCGUCCACCGGGGGGCUGGGGGGGUCAAAUGGGGGGUCAGCAAUGA